UUAUUUCUUAGUUUUUGGAAGUCUGAAUUAUUUUCAUUAAAAAUGCCUCAAGGAAAGAUGAAAACUAAGGCGAAGUCUCCAGCUAAAGGAAAGCGAAAAGCUGCAAAAGGACCCGCUGUUACUAAACGAGCAAAUAAACCAAUCACACCAAAGAAACAGAAGACCCAAGCAGCUCAGAAGCUGAAGAAAGUGAUCACAAAAACUGUGAAUAAUGCAGUUGAAGAGGAGCUGCGUUCGCAGGCUCUGGACGGCCGCAAGUCUCUCCGGACCAAGAAGCAGGCGGCCCCCGCCCCCGCCACGCCCGCCCGCAAGAAGGCUCCCAGGAAGGCAAAGAAGUAACUCCGCAAGUCACACUUGCACAGUUUGAAGUGUUCCGCAGGUUUCCAGUAGGUUAAAAAAGUAUUUAAAAACAGUUUCAAACACGUUUUACAACAGAAUAUAUUUUUUAAAAAAAAAUUGCCGUUCAGUGUGAGGGGGGAAUGUGUAAAGAAGAGUACAAUGGAACUCUGUUUAGAAACAGUUUGUUUCUAAUGGUUUCUGUUAAUAUAUUAAUGUGUAGGCCUGCAUGAAAUGCCAGUGACUGAAUUGUGUCACCUGUCAGUGAUGUGUCUGCAGUUGGCCAUGAGGUUGCUAGAAAUUGUUGUACAGUACAUUGUUUUUUUUUAGCAAUGUAGCUUUUCUGCAAAUUUUUAGAAUUUUUUUUUCUCUCCUACACCCACAAUCGAUUUGGGAUGAAAAUUCUUUAAUUAAUUCUCUUAACGUUAAGAUGCGAAGUCUGGGCUUUGCAGUGUGAAAAAUAUCCAUUAAUGAUGUUUUGAUUUGAGAUGAAUAUUAUUGACUAAAUAAGAAUAAUUCUACAUUUUAACAUACUGUAUAAUGUAGCUUGCUGUAUUUUUUCAUGUUGGACAUACCUAAUCCUUACCUUAUUUGAUUUCUGUGUUGGUGUUUUUUAUAUUCUGAACCAGUUCAGUGGAAAUAAUAAUUUUACUUUAAAAAUCAUGGUGGCACUUCUUACCUAGUUUAUUUAGCUAUGUCACCCAUUUUGUGUACUACAACUUGUAGAAAUUGUCUUAAAAGAUUAAUUUCUUGCAUAUUUUGAAAUUGACAUAUUUUCAUAAUUAGUAACAUAAUGGGCUAACAAUACUUUGAUUUUAAAAAGUAGUUUCACCAACUAAGCAAAUAAUUAUUUUGGUGUGUAUCAUUGUGUGUGGUGCUGAGUACUUCAACAGUGUAGUGAAUUAUUAAUACCGUACAGUCUAUGAAAAAAGAUUAUUAAAUAGAAAUAUUACUGUAUUAAUUCAUUUUGUACGCAAUCAUAUAAUUAUUUGUGAACAUUUAAUAAUUGUGGUGCUUCAUAACUAACUAUACUUUAGCCAUUUAAAAAAUUCUUUUUUAAUUUUUUUUUUUUUUUUCGUUCCCAUGUGGCAUGUUCAAAACCAAAAUGUAAAUGAGAUACAAAGAUCUGUUUAUAUUUUUUAAGCUGUAAGAAUUGGAGUCAUGUAUUAUAUUUUUGAAAUGAGAUGGAUACAAACUGUUGUGUGAUGGUCUCUUCGUGAUGUUCUAAUUGCAACCUAAAAUUACUUUCUUUCCAUGUGCCACAAGCUUUGCAUGUCGUAAAAUCUUAUUUUGAGCAGUGUUUUAUUCUUAAAUUGAUGGAUUUCAUUUGCAGAAAUUAAAUAAAAAGCUGUUAAUUUUUAGUACAUUUGAAAAUAAUUCAUGUUCAAAAAUUUUAAAAAUCUAGAUUACUUAGCUAUCUACACACUUUAUACAUGCACAUGCCUUUUUAUUUCUCACGCCCUGUUACACCUUUAUUUUGUAAUGAUUUUCAUUUCUGCAAGUGGGUUCUUAUUUAACAAAUAAGGGUGUCACUUUGAUAGAUUUUUAGUAAAAACUUUGAAAUGGAAUAUGUUGAUAAGUAAAUGAUUUUUUUAUUAGUGCUUUGUGGUAAGUAUGUAAUGUGCAUUGCUUAAAUUUCAAAAGUUAAAUACUGUCUUUUUGAACAUAAUUUGCUAUUUUGUCUCCAUUGUGUUACUAAUGCAAACAUGUUUUUAUUGAAUGCCUUGUCUAGUGAUGAUUAUUCUCUCACACAGCCUCAUAGUUGGUAUAAAAAAUGUUAAUUUUAGCUUUUAUGUUAGCUUUCAGCUUUUUUCUCUUUCUUUAGAGCUAGAUUUAUCAGUAUCAUGUCUAGAAUUAGUGUUUAACUCUCCUCACAAAGCAAAUUGCAUUUUGUAACUCUUUGAGCUAUGUGUUAAUCGAGUGUCAAAGAUGUUCUUAAAGUGAAGAAGCUACAGCAAUCGCUGGUUGUGUACAUCUACUAGCUGUUGGUUAUCAAGUAGUACAAAGAGGCAGGUGAACAGUGCUUUAUGCAAGUACGUGUUAGUUUCCUGUGGCACAUCAUUUUAUUGAACAAUAAACUACUAGUGGUAUAGACAGAGUUAAAUAAUUCAUACCUAUUCAAAAUUAGUUUUUAAAGUUGGGAAUGGAAAUUUGUUCUUUUUUAUAUGCAAUUAUGUUUUACUGUAGUGCAUAAUUUGGGUUCUGUAAUUUCUAUGUUAAAACUUGAUCACUUCUAAAUAACACAAGAGCUUCUAAAUAGUACUUUUUAUUAUUGGUAUGUUAGUGUGUUUUAUUGAGUAUGUGAAGAAAUGUAAUAACUUUCUUACACUGUUAAAAGUACAAAAUGCUACUAUGAUGAAACUAUUGCAUGUUGAGUGAGUGAAUGUUUUUAUUAGAAAAUGAUUUAUCAAAGAGAAUAAAGCUCAGGUAAAAAGAAUAUAUAUAUGAGUAAUUUAACAUUCUUGUAGACGUGUGUUCAUUUUAUUGAAAAUGUUCAUUCAGUGUUUGAAAUAAAAUCUCUAAAAUUUAA